AUGGCGCCCCUCGACGACAUCCAGGUCGGUGACCUGGUAAACGUUCCCGGGGGUAUGUAUGGUACAAUAAAGUAUCUAGGAACUGUGGCUGGCAAACCAGGGAAAUUUGCUGGCAUUGAACUGGCAGCUGAGCAUGCCAGACGAGGGAAGAACAGCGGUGAUGUGGACGGGAAGAAAUACUUCACAACCUCCACCCCCGGCUCGGGCAUCUUCGUCCCCAUGAACAACAAUAAGUACGUCACGAAACGGUUGUCCGCUCCUAGUAUUCCUAGUGUAAACCCUCCGACUCCCUCCCGACCCGUCAACUUCAGCAAAUCCGUCGGUCCGGGCCUGAGCCCCGCGGUUCGAACUCCCCGUCCUGUGAGGCGGCCUUCACUUCCUCGAGCCGAAUCCCCACGUGGCCCGCCACCCUCAAAACUGAGUCUCACUGGAUUGCGCACUCCGUCCGGGGUGUCGAGAGCCCCGAGUUCGAAUGGCCGUCCACGGAGUCCAGUCAAAGCGCCGUCCCGCACUUCGACCAGCCGACCGCCCUCUCGCCUGAGUGUAGAUGAUGACAUUCAAUCUACGAGGUCCUCGGAUAUUCAGCGGAAGGCGAUGGCUGCGGAGGUGCAGGAGCUGACAGACCAAGUUAGGGGUCUGGAGAAACAGCUCCUGGACCGUGACAAGCAGUUGGAUGAGCAGGCAACCACGUUAUCCGAAUUCCAGAGAAUGCUAGAGGAGCUUGAGGGGUCAGAUGCCAUUUCCAUUCGCGCUCAGUUGCGUGAUAAAAAUGAGAGGAUUGCCCAGCUGACGACAGAGUUUGACCUCCAUCGGGCCGAUUUCAGGAGCACUCUGGAUACCUUGGAAAUAGCUGCAGCCGAGACUGAGCGGGUUUAUGAACAGCGCCUAGAUGAACUCAUGCAGCAAAACAAAGAAUUGCAGGAUCGAGGAGAAGAUGUCGAAGCCGUUGCAAGGCAACUGAAGCAGCUCGAAGAGUUGGUCUCGGAAUUGGAGGAGGGCCUGGAAGACGCACGCCGUGGCGAAGCCGAGGCGCGAGCAGAAGUCGAAUUCUUAAGGGGUGAGGUCGAACGAACGAAGCUCGAGUUGAAGAAGGAGCGUGAAAGCUCUUCUCAUGCGGUGGGGGAUGGGCAACAGCAUUCAAGGGAGCUUGAUCAGAAGGAUGACGAGAUCCGCGGCCUGAAAGCUAUCAUCCAUUCCUUAAGUCGGGGCGACCCCGAUUUGCAUGCACUUGAGCAGAAUGAACUCGGAGGCUCUCAGCCGGAGUAUGAUUCGGAGCAUGUAGCCCACUUGGAACGGCGGGUCGAGGAAUUCGAACGUAUGACGGAACGGAAGACUUUCCGUAUUGAAGAACUUGAGCAUGAGCUUCAGCAGUUACAGCUCAAUGGCGACAAUCGCCAUCGCAACCCCACCACCAAUGGUUUGCACGCCUACCACAAAUCUUCAAGCUCCCUCGGAAAGAUCAGCGGCGAGCAUACCGUCAACCAUGCCCAUCGGUUAUCUGACCGCACUGUGGUCCCAGGCGACUGGCAUGAUCAACCACAGCAUGAUGACCAAUAUCAGGCUUACCCUGGGCGACUCCGUAGCGCUUCGGAGUCUUCUCAUCAGCGACUGGAGACCAUGCACGAAUCUGAUGCCCGGUCUGAUGACGGGGCUUCCUUGUGGUGCGAGAUUUGUGAAACCGGUGGUCACGAUAUCCUGAGUUGCACGAAUAUGUUUGGCGCCGAGCAAAAGAACAAGAGCAACACCGAUACGAAGGAGCCUUCUCAAGAGGACUCAGCUGAUGAAAAGUUCACACCAGAGACAUCACCAGCUCCUGAGUCUACGCAGUCUAGUCAUGAGGAUAGCACCACCCCUCAGAAAACCGGCCGAGAUGUCGUCUUAGAAGGGCUGAAAGGAGUUGCGACAACAUCUUCCAUGGCUCCUGUAGCAGGCAAAGCGAGCGGAGCAGUUGAUGAGUCGAAGUGGUGUGCACUCUGUGAAAGGGAUGGUCAUGAAAGCAUCGACUGUCCAUUUGAUGAUUAA